GGGUGCCCGGCCUCUGGCCCCUGCUUGCCCUCCAGACUGCGGCCGCCGCCGCCGCUGCCGGGAGUCUGCCUGCUGCGGGACUCACUAGUUCUCGAGCCCCCGAUGGAGUUCGGCCUGCUGAGCGAGGCAGAGGCCCGGAGCCCGGCCCUCUCGCUGUCAGAUGCUGGCACCCCCCACCCCCAACUCCCCGAACACGGCUGCAAGGGCCAAGAGCACAGCGAUUCGGAGAAGGCCUCGGUUUCGCUGCCCGGCGGCUCCCCCGAAGACGGCUCGCUGAAGAAGAAGCAGCGGCGGCAGCGCACGCACUUCACCAGCCAGCAGCUGCAGGAGCUGGAGGCGACCUUUCAGAGGAACCGCUACCCCGACAUGAGUACGCGCGAAGAGAUCGCCGUGUGGACCAACCUCACCGAGGCCCGCGUGCGGGUAUGGUUCAAGAACCGGCGCGCCAAGUGGAGAAAGCGCGAGCGCAGCCAGCAGGCGGAGUUGUGCAAGGGCGGCUUCGCGGCGCCGCUCGGGGGGUUGGUGCCGCCCUACGAGGAGGUGUACCCCGGCUACUCGUACGGCAACUGGCCACCCAAGGCCCUCGGCCCGCCGCUCGCCGCCAAGACCUUCCCGUUCGCCUUCAACUCGGUCAACGUGGGGCCUCUGGCUUCGCAGCCCGUCUUCUCGCCACCCAGCUCCAUUUCCGCCUCCAUGGUGCCCUCGGCCGCGACCGCCCCGGGCACCGUGCCUGGGCCCGGGGCUUUGCAGGGCCUAGGCGGGGGGCCCCCCGGGCUGGCUCCGGCCGCGGUGUCCUCGGGGGCCGUGUCCUGCCCUUACGCCUCGGCCGCAGCCGCAGCCGCCGCCGCCGCCUCCUCCCCCUACGUAUAUCGGGACCCGUGUAACUCGAGUUUGGCCAGCCUGAGGCUCAAGGCCAAACAGCACGCCUCUUUCAGCUAUCCCACCGUGCCGGGGCCGCCGCCGGCCGCCAACCUCAGUCCGUGCCAGUACGCUGUGGAACGGCCCGUCUGAAGGGCGCUGCCGGUCGAUCAUCCCUGAGGGUGGGGCGGUAAUGCACGGCCUUGACGGACUGAGGUCGUUUUGACUGGCUUGCCCCCACCCUCGGGGUCUGAGAGGAGAGCUGGGCAGUCGGGGUUGGGGAGGCGGCCAGCUCAGGAGAGAGCCUGCCCCCACUCCCAGGCUUGAGGGGUGGACUGGGCCCUUAGUCCGAGACCCUGGGACUAAGGCCAGGAACAGGGACCAGUUCCCCAGGGGCCAGUUCACCUUUGGCCCACCUCGCCUUCUCCAGAAUCCCUCUCCCUGGUUUUCAAAGAUAAAUGAAAUAAACGUGCGCGGACUGUCAGAGGCCUGGUGAUUCAGAAUUGCGGUUGAGCUCCCUCCCCUCAUCCUUCCCCAUUUUUAAAGGAGAGCUGGGUUUACAGGAAAGAUGUGCGGGUCCAGGCUUCUAGAGCU